AUGGUGUCAAGUCGAAGAGUCCGCCACGAUCAGGGACGAGUUACACGUCGAACAUCAUCUACUCAUCCUGCCAUUGAACCCAGCGAGUCGGUCAAACCCGCAGCAUCCUGCGAGCAGAACUCGUCUUUACUCACACCCGACCGAAGAAUCUCGUCGAAGCGGGAUGGCUCGCAGAACGAUACGAGCGCUUGCUUGAGCAGGAAAGGGGGCGCUCGCAGUCUUAUCCUUACGAGCACAGGGCUUCUCGGGGAGGAUACCGGUCCCGUCAGAGACGACGAGGAUGGCAACGACGAGAUCCCUCUUCGCGGAAGCGUAGGGGGGUUUGGGCCAAGGAGGAAGAUAACCUGA